UCAGUUGUUUGACAACACGUUGUUUGACAGUGUCAAAAGAAGGUGACAGGAGAAGAAAUUUCAUCGUAGCUGAAACUUUCUCAUUUUUUAUUUUACGUAUUGCGGUACUUCAGUAUCAGUAAAACUACAUUAAAAAGUGUACUUUCAUCUUCGUUGAUAUAAAUUAUUGUUUUAAACAUCAAAGUUAUUGUGAUAAAUGACAUUUUGCUAGCACGUGGUGCAUCUUCGGUCAAGAAUCAUUAAUCUGUGUAAAAAUUAUUUUCUGAUGUAAUUACUUGGUGAUAAUAUGUCUGACUCAUCCUUGAAAAUGCAUACGUCCAAAGACCAGGUUCAACGCAAAAGACGCAGCAAUUUAUCAAAAGAAGCUAAAGCUAUCUUAUUCUCUUGGCUAUAUGAACAUCGGCACAAUGCAUACCCUUCUGAAAAGGAAAAGGCUGCGUUAGCUGAAAAGACUAAAUUAACCCAACUCCAGGUCUGCAAUUGGUUUAUAAAUGCUCGACGCCGCCAGUUACCUAAAAUGUUUCGUGAAGAAGAACAGAAGUCUUCACGGCAUGCAGCUACAAAAAAGAAUAUGCGUUAUUGUAUGCGAUUGGCAGCCUCUAAAAAUACCAUUCAUCCCAUUGAUUUUAACAGUAGAUCAGAUUCUCCGGUUGGUGACACUGUCACUGCAAUGAACACUAGCAGUGAGGACUCAAGUAAUAGUUUCUCAUCUUCAGCAUUAUCCCAGAUUACUUCAUAUCAGGAAUCUUAUUUACCCGAGAUGAAUAUGCUAAGGCAAAAACAGCCUUCUUCAGAAACGUUUCCCCAAUAUACAGCCCCACUUCAUUCACCUGCAAACUGUAACGUGAUGUCUAACCAAAAUUUGGUAUUUAACUCCUCAAAAGAAAAUUUGUCAUACAUGAGGUCUGAUAAUUCUACUUCUAAGGAAAAUGUAUCUUCUUUUAUGAACUCUGAUGAUAUGGGUCCUAAGGAAACCAUUAAUUCAGACCGUUCAAUCAUUUGGAUAGAUGACAAAACACCCGUGAGCAUCCGACAUCCUUCAUCCCCUUUUACUCCUUUCAACUGCCUGGUUCAUAUUGCUUGUGAAAUUCAUAAUCAGUUGCAAACUUAAAAAGAGUUUUUGAUAUCUGAUUUUUAUUAAGUCAUUUUUGACGAUAACUUUUUUAACUUCUUGUGCCUUAAGACACAAGGAGCAUCUAUGAUUUUAAUUUUGUAAAUUAUUGCUAAUGUAUCAUUUUAUACUUUGAAAUUAAUUAAAUAUAAUGUGAUUAUAUGGUUUUGUUAUCCUUUAA